AUGGGCACUCUCGUUCCUAAGCGCUCUGUUCAAAGACACGAAUCAGGGACCUUUGGCGACUUUAGUUGCAACCGAGCCGCGGCCACUUUGUUCCUCUACCGCAACCGCCACGUUCUCUCCAUGUUCGUAGCUUAUCGGUAUGACAACAACGCGACGGUGUAUCGUGUUUCCUCACUCGGUCGCCCUGACAUCGCCCUUCCUCAAACAUCACAUUUGGCCCUAUCGCCUUCUGCGUACCCUACGCGCACGCCCACACUUCCCCCCACCCUUUCCCUCACUGUCGCUCAUGCUUCCCCUUUACCGUCGCUCACGCUUCCCCUUACCGCCGCAUGCGCUGCCUCCUGCUCCGUGGGUGCACCCACGCUUCCCCACACCGUCGCGCACGCCUUCCCCCACAUUCACACACGCUCAUCGCCCACGCUUCUUCUGACCGUCACCCCCGCUUCAGCCCACCGUCACCGACGCAUCCUCUUACCGUCGCCCACGCUUCCUCUUACUGUCGCCCACGCUUCCUCCCCGUCGCCCACGCUUCCCCCCACCGUCGCCAACGCUUUUCCCCACCGUCGCCAACGCUUUUCCCCACCGUCGCCAACGCUUAACCCCACCGUCGCCCACGCUUCCCCCCACCGUCACCCACGCUUCCCCCCACCGUCGCCCACGCUUCCCCCCACCGUCGCCCACGCUCCCCCUGCCAUCGCCCUCCCUGUCGCCCGGGAAUCCCCCCUCCCGCCGGCCUCCCUCCCCUCCCGCGAAAAAUCCCCCCGUCCUCUCAUUACCCCGGCCUCUCAUCCCCCUGUCCCCUAUCCUCUCGUCCCCCUCGUCGUCUCGUCCCCCCGUCCUCUCAUCCCCUCGUCCUCUCAUCCCCUCGUCCUCUCAUCCCCCCAUCACGCUCGUCCCCUCGCAAACCCCGUCUCCCUAUCUCCCUGUCCCCCUCGUUCUUUCCCCGUAUCCCCAGCCCUGCUUCCCCCCAUCCCCUUCCUUGCUUCCCCCCAUCCCCUUCCCUGCUUCCCUCCAUCCCCCUCCCUGCUUCCCCCCAUCCCCCUCCCUGCUUCUCCCCAUCCCCUUCUGUGCUUCCCCCCAUCCCCUUCCCUGCUUCCCCCCAUCCCCCUCCCUGCUUCACCCCAUCCCCCUCCCUGCUUCUCCCCAUCCCCUUCCCUGCUUCCCCCCAUCCCCUUCCCUGCUUCCCUCCAUCCUCCUCCCUGCUUCACCCCAUCCCCCUCCCUGCUUCCCCCCAUCCCCUUCCCUGCUUCCCUCCAUCCCCCUCCCUGCUUCCCCCCAUCCCCUUCCCUGCUUCCCCCCAUCCCCUUCCCUGCUUCCCCCCAUCCCCUUCCCUGCUUCCCUCCAUCCCCCUCCCUGCUUCCCCCCAUCCCCCUCCCUGCUUCCCCCCAUCCCCCUCCCUGCUUCCCCCCAUCCCCUUCCCUGCUUCCCUCCAUCCCCCUCCCUGCUUCACCCCAUCCCCUUCCCUGCUUCCCUCCAUCCCCCUCCCUGCUUCACCCCAUCCCCCUCCCUGCUUCCCCCCAUCCCCUUCCCUGCUUCCCUCCAUCCCCCUCCCUGCUUCCCCCCAUCCCCUUCCCUGCUUCCCCCCAUCCCCUUCCCUGCUUCUCCCCAUCCCCUUCCGUGCUUCCCCCCAUCCCCUUCCCUGCUUCCCUCCAUCCCCCUCCCUGCUUCACCCCAUCCCCCUCCCUGCUUCUCCCCAUCCCCUUCCCUGCUUCCCCCCAUCCCCUUCCCUGCUUCCCUCCAUCCCCCUCCCUGCUUCACCCCAUCCCCCUCCCUGCUUCCCCCCAUCCCCUUCCCUGCUUCCCUCCAUCCCCCUCCCUGCUUCCCCCCAUCCCCUUCCCUGCUUCCCCCCAUCCCCUUCCCUGCUUCUCCCCAUCCCCUUCCGUGCUUCCCCCCAUCCCCUUCCCUGCUUCCCCCCAUCCCCUUCCCUGCUUCCCCCCAUCCCCCUCCCUCCUUCCCCCCACCCUCUGCCCUGUUCCCAACUGCCCUCCCCAUCCCUGCCUUUCCCUCCCUGCCCUGCCUUUCCCUUCCCCAUCCCUUCUCAACCCUUCCCUUCCUUUUCAUGCCCUCAAUUUCAACCCCACUCCUCGCCUUCCGCUCUAG